CCGAAAGCCAGACUUGCGGAGCCGGCCAGUUAAGCAGUCGUUGCAUUUUCGCGCCUGUUGCUCCCUUUCUGAGAUAGUUGUGCGCACUCUUUCUGAAGCGUCAUUAGCCUGGGGAAGAAAGAGGCUGGAGGACCUUGGAGCAGUAAAGGGGCUUGUUGUGUCGUUGGUAGUCAGGAGUCCGAGGAAGUCAGGGUUGUUUUCUUUCUCAUUUUGGAAGUAAACGCCUGCUUUGGGUUUUCUUCAGGGGCAGCGCCGAGCAUGGGCCGGCAGUGCUGCUGCUUAUCCCCGGAGGAGAAGGCGAGUAGGAUGCUGAGCUUGGAGAUCGAGCGCCGGCUGCGCCAGGACAAGCGAGAUUCGCGCAAGGAGGUCAAACUGCUACUGCUGGAUAUGGAGAGCAGAAAGCAGGAAGCUGUCUCAGUUAUUGUCUGGGGAAAGGCAACAAUCCAUCGCCUAGACUCAAGGUGGAAUGGUACAGGAGAAAGUGGAAAGAGUACAUUUAUUAAGCAGAUGAAGAUUAUUCAUGGAUCAGGCUAUACAGAAGAAGACCGAAAAGGCUUUACAAAAUUGGUUUAUCAAAACAUAUUUUCCGCUAUACAAGCUAUAAUCAGAGCCAUGGACAUUUUACAAAUUCCAUACUUGUCUGAGCCGAAUAAGGAGUAUGGCCAGAUGAUUGAAGAAGUGGAUGUAGACAAAGUAACAACCCUGGAAAGAAAACACGUGGAAGCAAUUAAGAGGCUUUGGGGAGACCCAGGAAUCCAAGCAUGCUAUCAUAGGCGGAGAGAAUACCAAUUGUCAGACUCGGCUAAAUAUUAUCUUUCAGACUUUGACCGUAUUGCAGUGCCAUCAUUUGUGCCAACUGAGCAAGAUGUUCUCAGAGUGAGAGUACCAACAACUGGAAUUAUUGAAUAUCCUUUUGCUUUGCAAAAUAUUAUUUUUAGAAUGGUAGAUGUCGGUGGACAGAGAUCAGAAAGAAGGAAGUGGAUUCACUGCUUUGAAAGUGUUACUUCAAUAAUAUUCUUAGUUGCCCUUAGUGAAUAUGAUCAAGUAUUGGAAGAAUCCAACCAUGAGAAUCGCUUGGAAGAAAGCAAGGCUUUAUUUAAAACAAUAAUCCCAUAUCCUUGGUUUCUGAACUCUUCGGUCAUCUUGUUUUUAAAUAAGAAAGAUCUUUUAGAAGAGAAGAUUAUAUAUUCCCAUUUAAUCACCUAUUUUCCACAGUUCACAGGACCAAAGCAAGAUGUCAAAGCUGCCGGAGAGUUCAUUCUGAAGUUAUACCAGGAUCAGAAUCCAUAUAAAGAGAAAGUGAUCUACUCCCAUUUUACAUGUGCCACCGACACAGAAAACACUAGAUUUGUCUUUGCUGCUGUCAGAGACACAAUACUGCAGUGUCUUUCAAGGACAUAGGACACAGGACACAGACUUGCUUUGAAACACUGCAGCCAGUUAUGAAUUAAAAAGCACACAGAUCAUAUGCCAGCUGGCAAGAGGUUUACUGUUUCAGUUAUAUUCUUUAUACCUUGGGGGCUUACAGUGUUUUUGAAUUUUGAAGCCCCCUCCUCCUCGCUUGCUGGACCCUAACAAAAGGUAACUUGCUUCUGGGAGAAGGAAAUUUGCAUUUGCAAGCAAGGCUGUGCUUCCCUGGCUUCUUUCUCACUCCAGAAUGUAGAAAAGCAGCAUGUGAGUGCUACCAGUGCUAUAAGGUGACUUUACCCUUGGUGGCCAUUUUUAGCAAAGAAAAAAUUGUGUGCUUGUUCAUUUUAGUCUCUUUUAUUUAUAUUUAGUAAAUAAAAUACAGUUAAAACCUACCACUGCUUGGCAUAAUUUAAAGUAUUUCUAUGCCAUUUUUCAUAUGCCGUAACAAGUCAGUGUAUGAAAAACUGAAGUCCAAAAGGACUACUGCUCGGUCAAUAGGAAGUUAGAAAGAAACCACCUGGUAUUAGUGGCUAGUGAAGACUUCAGAAAAUAAAUAGGCUUUCAGGAAUUACCAAAACUGCAUCAAUGUAGGUACUUGCUGCUGCAACUGGGAGGGGGACAGGGUUCCCAUAGAGGACAACGCUCCUUAAAAGUCCUUGAAAACAGUUACGGGUAUAAUUUUAUGAUAGUCCUUAACUCUGAUCCCUAAAAUAAAAUAGUUAAGAACUCCCCUUCCCAAGUCACCUUGGUGGUGAUUUUCAGCAUCUUCAUCUUGAGCUUCCUCUCAACCAGGAAUCUGUUAAAGGACUUCAACUCUUGAAUGGCUCUCCCCUCUAUCCUUUUUAGAAAUGGUGAAGAAUAUUGAGAAAACUCAGUGACUGUAAGUUUGGCAAGGUUUAUUUCUUCAGGCCUGGUCAUCAGUGAAUUCUGUUAGUGCUGCUAAGGAAAAGUAUGUGGCAAUAACCAUUAGUGACCCCACCUUAUUAGGGAUAUCUUCACAGGAAAGCUUAGCCACAGUUGUAAUUGUGUAACAUUUUCUUGACUCUGGCAUAAACUGUUUGAAGAAAGAUCACAUGUGCAACAAUCUUUGAGAGAGCUGUCAUUCAGUAAAAUAGUAUCUUUUACCUGUGUGAUCGUUCUUGAAAUUUAAGAAUUGCACAACAUGUCCAGUUUGAUAUUUAGGAGAGUGUGUAUGUGUUUUUCUUUACAUAGCAGAUAUGCAGAGUGAUAGAAAUCUAAUAACCACAAACAAAUGUAAAGUCUAACCACUCUGACAGCCAUUUGCACUCUUUUAUUAAAUACAUUUAGAAGUAAUGAUAUGGUUGGUCUGGCUCAAAGUGUAAAUGCUCAAGUCUGAUACACUUGUUAGUUAAAUCAAUGAAUUUAGACAGAGCUCAUUCACAUUCUUGCGACCAAAUCCAAGUUAUACUUUGGCAUUUCCAGUAAUCAUUAAUUUAAUUUACAUUAAGUAUAGCAAGGAAUACAAUGUUAUGGAGACGAUUGCAGUGUAUUAUUGUAAGCACCCUGAGGUGGUUACAUAACGGAGCAAGCAAGACUAUAUAAAUACAUACAAUUACAUUUGGCAUGCCAUUUACUUUAUUUAGCUUUUACAACAAAGCUACAGUUUGGGUAGCUUAAGUACCAUUGGCAAGUUCAGGAGGACUAAUCUCUUUCACCUCAAUCCUCCAAACAACAGUUUGGGAAGAAUAUUCUGGAGGAGACAUUUACUACAUGCAUCAGACCUGGAUUAGGCAAUACACUUAGAUACGUUUGCAUUCCUUUUCCCUUUUAUGAACUCCAGCUACAUGUGCAUUUACAGGCAUUAUUGGAUAGCUUAGCAAAAUCAGAUUUUAAAAAAUGUCUAUGCAGCCUUCCAUAUAUUGAAGCCCUGUUAAGAUUUUUGCAAUUCUAUAUGGAAAAUGUUAUGAAUUGUUUUGAGUCUAAAGGCUGAAACCAAAGGGUUGUAUCCACCAUUAGAGCAGACCCAAUGAAGUUAAUGGACAUGACUAACUUAGGUCCAUUAAUUUCAAUAGGUCUCCUCUGAGUAAAAGUUCAGUGCAACACAAUGUUAAUAUAUGUUAUCAAAUUAUUAUUUUUAUUAAAGAAAAUGCAUUUAGCAUGAUCAUGAAAUUUAGAUUUUUUUAAAAACACAAAAUAGUAUGUAAACCCGAGGGACAGCUUGAAUGAAAUACUAUUUCAAAACAUUCUGUUGCAGAAGGUUUCUGUCUCUUCACUGAUAAUAUGAAGUGUUAAAAGUAAAGACCAUGCCAUGCAGAGCAUUACUGCAAAGGCACAUCCCCACCCAGAUUAACAUUUCAAUAAAUUCACAUAUUUGUGUACAUCUACAUAUCAUCAUGAGGUACCAGAAC